AUGUCUCUCCCCAAGCGGAUCAUCAAGGAAACCGAACGCCUCGUUGCAGACCCUGCACCCGGGAUCUCUGCUGCUCCUCAUGAAGAUAACCUGCGCUACUUCGAUGUGACGAUCCAGGGCCCUGACGGCAGUCCUUUCGCCAAUGGCGUGUUCAGACUAGAGCUCUUCCUCCCGGAGGAGUACCCCAUGGCUCCCCCAAAGGUGCGCUUCCUCACCAAGAUCUACCACCCUAAUAUCGAUAAGCUCGGCCGAAUCUGUCUUGAUAUCCUGAAAGACAAAUGGUCCCCCGCCCUGCAAAUCCGCACCGUCCUUUUGUCGAUCCAGGCCCUCCUCAGCUCACCGAACCCCGAUGACCCGCUCGCGACCGACGUUGCGAAACAUUACAAAGAGAACGAGAAAGACGCGCAGCGCGUCAGCCGAGAAUGGACGGAGAAGUACGCGAGCGCAUGAUAGCCUAUCGAGCGGACGUUUGGGUACCGAGAGGAGGAAGCAGUGAUGAUAGACCACGGCGGGAUAUACAGCAACGCAUGACGUCAAUCCUUUCGCUGUAGCUCUAGGUAUGUAGUGUGUACGCUUGUAAACGGGCCAUCUGAAGAUACAAACUCAGUGUACUAUUUUUCUC